GGCAAAAGAGCAUGACGUUCAAUUUCUUGAUUAGCUCCACGUAAUCGUGAGAGGCUCACUUUCGCGAUGAACUGCAACAGCUCUUCCGCAAUAUGAGAAUUCGAUUAUACGAUUAUAUCCGCAUUUUCAUCUUGCUCGAGACAUUGCAAGCGAUUUCUUAUGCGAAGGUUGUUUCCGAUACGCAACGAGAGACAUCCGAAGUCGCUCGAGUGACGUCGCAACCUCGAAGAAACGACAGCUACGCGAGAGAGAUAAACCCGAGGAAGAGACGCGCGAAGAGAUCCGCGAAUCCCGAUAUCCGACAAUCGAACACCGAAAAGUCUAUCGGACUCGAUACAGACUCGAACGAGGAAUCGGAUUAUGGGGAGGAAGAGACUGGGCAGGAGGAGAUAGCGAAACGAGAAGAGGACGAUAAAGAGACGAGCGAUCUCGUGCGUUCACCCCGUGACAUCAACGUCGAAAAAUACGCCGAUCAGGACGAGAGAUCGAGUCUGUACGACGAUUACGAAGCGAAGGACGUCGCGAAACGCGGCGUCCUGGGUGGUCCGGGGGAUUACGAGGAAGCGGAAAACGAUUCGGGGUUAUUGGAGAACGAGUCUCGGGUGAAGAGAGAUCGGGAAGCGAUUUCGGAAACGCCCGAUAAAUCCGAACCGAGCAUUCCGGCGAAGCUACAGGAGCCAGAAGUCGCGAGGAAUCCUUUUACGCGGGAAGUUUCCCGUGUCGAAUCGUCGAAAAGUUUUAAUCGACGAGCUUCCGACGACUCGGCGUCCCAGCUCAAAGGAACCGUUCGAUCGAACGAGGUGAUUUCAAGGUCGAGUGAUUUCGCCGAGAACGAGAUACCAGCUAGCGUAAUUACUUCGUCUGGCAAGGACGAAGAAUCGAGAUACGGGAGACGCGUGGAGGAGGAGAUUCGACGCAAGAUCGAGUCCAUUAAGGAGGAGAUCAAGCGUGACAUCGAGGCGCAACAGCGGAUAAGGGAUAUCGAAGAGAACAACGUCAGGUUCGACGAAUUGCGGGAUCAGGAGGACGAAUCGAUCGAGAAGAGACAGAUCGGCAAGAGAUCGGUAGGAGAAAUCGCUGCUGCUGCUUCUUCUUCAUCGGAGAAAAAUGAUGAGAAACGUUGCUUGAAGGCAGAACGACGCGAUAAGCUGCAACGAUCCAGCGACAUCGGCAGGUCGGAUACUUUGAAAGAAAGCGAAAGUUUGAAAAGACGAUUCGCGAUUAAUCGAGAUAAGUCCUCCGGACAGACUCCUUCGAUGGGACUCGUCAAAAGGAAACGCGAGCGUGUCAGGCAAACUUUUCUGGUAAACAAUGAUCAAGCAAGGAAAAGACGCUCGAGAAGUUACACCUCGUCUUCUGAUCGGACAGCUUCCAGACUGGAAAACGAAUUGUUCACAGAUUUGAAUUCUCAUCGCUAUACAAACGAUGGAAUGCUACAAGGAUCGUCGCCUGUCGCCGGCGAAGAUGAGAACAACGAUGGAGAACAAAGUCCUGUAGCGGAACGUUCGAAUUCCUUGGCGUCUCUCACCGGAAGUUCGCAGGAAUUGAGUCCACGCUUAGCGAGAGAGUACAAAGAGGCCUUCGGUGGGUUGCAGAGCGAGUCUGGCAGCGCUCUCGCUAGAUUCAAGAGGAUCAAACGCGUACUCGAUGCGAAAAGUUAAAAAGAAAAAUAAAAUAGAACAAGCUACUCUCUCUUCCGGAUAAGAAUAUUUCUAGGAAAAAUGAAAUUAUCACGAAAAAGAGAUAAUAAUAUUCUGAACUAUCGUCGCGCAGUAAAACGAAGGACCAAGUAGGAAUAUAAGACAUAUGAGACUUUUUUUAUGAAAUAUUUAUAUAUAGAUCUUUACGAGAGAGCAGAAUGAUGCAUUUGUAAUUAGAGAGAAAGACACUAUAACUAUAUAAUAUAGGGUGUAAUGCCAUUAAUCACUCGGAGAGAUUGCGAGUCGAUUUAAUUGUAGUCUAAAUGAACGAUAUAUAUAUAAAUCUUUUUUGACAAAAGUGGAUAACUAUGCUUUUCUACCGCUCUAAAUUACUUAUAAAUUUUCAUUUUUUUACGCCGACCAUGUGUAGCACGUCAAAAGAUAUAAAACGAGUUUUGAAUUGCUUCUUCCCUUCAGACUUCGCUCCUUAUACACAAUCUUAAAAUAUAUUACAAGCUAUUUAAAAAACAUCUCGCAAAGUAAAUUGCACAAUGUCGCUAACAUUGCUUGCGCGCGCGACGAUACGCUUCGCGUACGCGCGCUCGUAAUCGUUCCUCCAGUAAUUCAUUAACGUUAUAAUAUAUUUCGAUAAAUUUUAAUUUUUUUUUUAUUAACAGACAAU